GAGAGAAAGAAUCUGCACGGAAUGGAGGAGAGCUAGAGCAGCACUGUUGCUGUCAUCAGGACACCUACCACUUCAUCACUACCACUGGCGUUCUGGACUGCAUGUUAAUGGGAGAGACUCACAGCAGCUCUGUGAUGCCCGAGGGACCAGCGGGGUGGAUCCAUUUCCUCCUCUGAUAUGAUGCCCGGAGCUGGAGGGGCAGCCACCUUCCUCACACUGCUGCUGCUGCUGCCGCUGCUGUGCUGCUGCCACCUGUGCCACUCACUGCGGGUACCAAAGAUCUCAUCGUAUGCUAAGGCGGAGGACAAGCUGUUUCAAUACCUCUUUGGAGGCUACCAGAAAUGGGUUCGUCCGGUGGAAUAUCUAAACCAGACGAUCUGUGUGAAGUUUGGACUGGCCAUCUCCCAGCUAGUUGAUGUGGAUGAGAAAAACCAGCUGAUGACAACCAAUGUGUGGAUGAAACAGGAGUGGACUGACAUGAAACUUAGAUGGAACCCUGAUGACUAUCUGGGCAUCAAAACUAUCCGUGUCCCCUCGGACAGGCUGUGGCUGCCUGACGUGGUGCUGUACGAUAACUCUGAUGGGCGUUUUGAGGGAACUGUCACCAAAGCUGUUGUUAAGUAUGAUGGAACGAUAUCAUGGACGCCACCAGCCAAUUACAAAUCAGCCUGCUCCAUUGACGUCACCUUCUUCCCAUUUGACCUCCAGAACUGCUCCAUGAAGUUCGGCUCCUGGACGUAUGACGGCUCCCAGGUGGACAUCAUUAUGGAGGACUUCCACGUAGACAAACAGGACUAUUUUGACAACGGUGAAUGGGAGAUAGUAAAAGCCACAGGCAGCCGUGGUCUGAGGACAGAUGGCUGCUCUUCCUACCCUACCAUCACCUACUUUUUCAUCAUCCGCAGGUUGCCUCUUUUCUACACCCUCUUUCUCAUCAUCCCCUGCAUCGGCCUGUCCUUUCUCACCAUCCUUGUCUUCUACCUGCCCUCCAACUGCGGCGAGAAGAUCUCCCUCUGCACCUCAGUGCUGGUGUCGCUCACCGUCUUCCUACUGGUCAUCGAAGAGAUCAUCCCGUCCUCCUCCAAGGCCAUCCCUCUCAUCGGGGAGUACCUGGUGUUCACCAUGAUUUUCGUCACGCUGUCCAUCAUCAUCACAGUCUUUGCCAUCAACAUCCAUCACCGUUCCCCCUCCACACAUCACGGCAUGGCGCCCUGGGUGAGGAAGAUUUUCCUGCAUCGACUGCCUAAGCUGCUGUGCAUGCGCGGCCAUGUGGACCGUUAUGCCACAGCCGGAGUGGUUGGGGCGGGAGGAGCCGUAGGUCUGGGAAUGAUGAAGGAUUCAGCACCUGGACUCACCCCCCCACUUUACACAAGACGUCACCUGCAAGCAGCUUUAGAUUCUAUUCGCUACAUAACCAUGCAUGUGGUCAAAGAAAAUGAGGUCAGAGAGGUGGUACAGGACUGGAAGUUUGUAGCCCAGGUUCUGGAUAGAAUGUUUCUGUGGGCCUUCCUCCUGGUGUCGAUCCUGGGUUCUGCUCUCCUCUUCAUCCCAGUUAUUUACAAAUGGGCCAGCAUCAUUGUCCCUGACCAUGUUGGAAGUUACCUCUAAGAACCACUCAUUGGAGCACAGUGACCACAAAUGGAUUUAAAGCACAUUAACAGCCUACUGUGGAUCUCCUGUGAGAGACUGAGAUCACUGGUGAGAUUCAGGCUUGUAUACACACUCAACUGUGCCAGAGGUCAAGAUGCUGAUUUGAGGCCUAACUCGCAGCAAACAACUCACAGAGACCUGUUUUUUAUUUCAUAGAGAUUCUGAGAUAUUUAUUAAGUAUCACUUAAAGAUAGACUAUAAUAAUCAUUUAGUGUAGGUUCAUCCAGCCAGCCACAUUUAUUUUAUGUCCUAUAAAUGCUGGCAUUGCAGAGUGCAGAUCAAUCAUUGUGGCUAGAAGAGGGUCAUUAAUACAAAAUGGCGGGAAUACUUCCUUGUGAUGAAUGUAUUGAUUCAUUUAAUUUAUAAACUACUGUAUCCCUGGAAACAGCCGAGAUCAAUAGAUACACACACAUAAACACACACACACACACAAACAAUAGUUAUAGGAGAAAACGUUCAUUCUUAUUUGACAUAAUUCUCUGUACUGAUUGGGUUUGGAGAGAUAGGGCAUAAUUCAAUAAAAGUUGAAUUUUCCUCUUCUGGAGGCCAAUUCUAAUUUAGAAAAUCACCACUAUAAGCAAAUGCUCCUCUACUGCGUUGGAAACAGUGGGGACUCUUUUCCACGGACUUCAAAUGAUCCAGCCAGUUCUUCCUUUUAGAGGAAAAAUUCUGCAUUCUCUAAAAGGAAUGUAAGAGAGAAUCUUGGUAACAGGUCCGCAAAGAGAUACUGUGCAUUCAAAAUUCGUUUAGUCCACUGAAAAUUAGGACAAAGACGUCCCUCCAACUUAAGCGGGAAAAAACUAUCAUUUAACAAGUCCAUAUUUGUCUUGUAUUUGAUUAAAGUUGCAUGCAGAUGCAUCCAAUUAUUUGAUUUAGAGACAUUUACGAAAGGGCCUCAGACCCACUUUAUUGCUGUUCACAUCUGCUGGAACCAGGGAGACUCUUGUGUUUCAGCAGCUGAGCAGCUCUCAGCCUGUGUAAGACCCUGAACUGCCUCUCAACACAAAAACAACAGCAACAAAGGCUGGGGACUGAAUUGAAGAAAUCUGUUGGGUUCCUUUUCCAGAUCCACAACACUGAACCCAGAGUCUGUGAAUAAAACUG